AUGUCUAGUUUAAAGGAUGACCCAUCGUCAAGGCUGAAGGCCUUGGAAAAGAUGGGCGUCGUCGAAAAUUUCGACAUAAUCCACUCGUGUACAGUUGCCAUUGUAGGAGUAGGAGGAGUUGGAGCAGUGGUUGCCGAAAUGCUCACGAGGUGCGGAAUAGGUAAACUGAUCCUCUUCGACUACGACGAUAUCGAACUCGCGAACAUGAAUCGGUUAUUUUAUACUCCAAAACAACUUGGAUUGCCCAAAGUCGAGGCUGCAAAGGAGACUCUGAACGUAAUCAACAAUAACGUGUUGAUAGAGCCCAUAAACUGUAAUAUAUGUAGAGAUUACGAGUUGUUUUAUGACAAAAUCGUACACGGAAGUUUGACCGGAUCCCAAGUUGACCUAGUUCUCAGCUGUGUUGAUAACUACGCAGCCAGAGUAACUAUUAAUAAGGCGUGCUGCAAAGCUGAUCAGGUUUGGAUGAAUUCUGGAGUUUCUGAAAACGCAACUAGUGGCCAGAUACAAACUUGUGUCCCAGGAGUUACGGCAUGUUUUCUAUGCGCUCCGCCAUAUAUUGUUGCCACCAAAGGUGAUGAAAGUAAGAUAAAGAGGGCCGACGUUUGUACGGCAAGUCUCCCAACUACAAUGGGAGUGGUCGCCGGUUUACUUGCACACAACGCCUUGAAAUAUUUGUUGAAGUUUGGAGAAGUUACGAACUUUCUCUCCUACAAUUCACUUCAGGAAUUCUUCCCAACGUAUUCGCUCUCGUACACACCUGAUUGUUCAGAGAAGUACUGCGUCCAGAGGCAACUGGAGAAGGUCGAACAUAUAAAAUCCAACAACCAACUAAACGAGUGUAACAACUGUGAGGAAACGAAAGGAGAAGUGAUUCACCCAGAUAACGAGUUUGAGAUUCAAGUAAUGGAUGCAAAGUCAUUUGAGGAAGUCGAGCCUACUACCCCUGAACCAGAUUCUAAUCACGUUAAAAGUAAUCUUUCAUUAACUGAGUUGAGAAAACAACUGAUGUUCGCUUCUGUAACUAAAAACUCAUAA